AAAGAAAGGAGAUUAGCAGCAAUUGGUCGUGGCAAAGUAGGGUUCUUAUUAGGAGAAGCUGAAGCAGGGAAAACCAAACGAGAAAAAGGAAAAAGAAAAGAGGGGAACUUUGAACAGAAAAAGCAAAGCAAGAAACAUUUCUAGGGCUUUCGACUUCACUCUAACCUGCUGCUAUUCCAUAAACCACUCUCUCACUUGCAACACUCUUCUGAUUGAACCUCUACUUUCUCUCUCCUCUUUCAAAAAUGGGGUUCAAUAUGCAGCCAUAUGGUAUACAGUCGAUGCUUAAGGAAGGCCAUCGCCAUCUUUCUGGGCUCGAAGAAGCCGUCCUUAAAAAUAUCGAGGCCUGCAAAGAACUCUCCGAUAUCACUCGCACUUCUCUGGGACCCAAUGGAAGGAACAAGUUGGUCAUUAACCAUUUGGAUAAGCUAUUUAUUACAAACGAUGCUGGUACUAUUGUGAGUGAGCUCGAGAUUCAGCAUCCUGCUGCUAAAAUCUUGGUUUUAGCUGGUAAGGCUCAGCAAGAGGAGAUUGGUGAUGGAGCAAACUUGACAAUCUCUUUUGCGGGAGAACUUCUCCGUGGUGCGGAAGAGCUAAUAAGAAUGGGGUUGCACCCAAGUGAAAUUAUCAUAGGAUAUACCAAAGGAAUCAACGAGGCAAUUAAGAUUUUGGGUGAGUUGGUCGAGGAAGGUUCUGACAAGAUGGACGUUAGGAACAAGGAUGAAGUUAUAUCUCGGAUGAAAGCUGCUGUUGCAAGCAAGCAAUUCGGUCAGGAAGAUAUGUUGUGCAACCUUAUUGCAGAUGCGUGCAUCCAAGUGUGUCCAAAGAACCCUGUAACCUACAAUGUAGAUAAUGUCCGUGUUGCAAAACUUGUGGGAGGAGGUUUGCACAAUUCUACUGUUGUUCGAGGCAUGGUUUUGAAGAGUGAUGCUGUUGGCUCCAUAAAGCGAGUGGAUAAAUCCAAGGUUGCUGUGUUUGUACAAGGUGUUGAUACUUCAGCUACUGAAACAAAAGGAACUGUUCUUAUUCACAGUGCUGACCAGCUGGAGAAUUAUUCAAAAACUGAAGAAGCAAGAGUUGAGGAGCUCAUUAAGGCCGUUGCGGAGUCUGGUGCCAACGUUAUAGUGAGUGGUGGAGCUGUAGGAGACAUGGCAUUGCACUUCUGUGAGCGUUACAAGCUCAUGGUCCUCAAGAUCAGCUCUAAGUUUGAGUUGCGAAGAUUUUGUCGGACAACUGGGGCAAUUGCCUUGUUGAAGCUCAGCCAGCCUAACCCAGAUGAUUUGGGACAUGUCGAUUCCGUUUCUGUUGAGGAAAUUGGUGGCACCAGGGUUACUGUUGUAAGUAAUGAAGAAGGUGGAAACUCUAUAACGACAGUGGUGUUACGAGGAAGUACAGAUAGUAUAUUGGAUGAUCUGGAAAGAGCAGUUGACGAUGGAGUAAACACCUACAAGGCUAUGUGCAAGGAUAGCCGAACUGUCCCUGGUGCAGCAGCUACUGAGAUUGAAUUAGCAAGGAGACUGAAAGAGUUUUCUUUCAAAGAAACAGGAUUAGAUCAGUAUGCUAUUGCAAAGUUUGCGGAGUGUUUUGAGAUGGUCCCCAGAACUCUAGCAGAGAAUGCUGGCCUUGAUGCGAUGCAAAUCAUCUCAUCAUUAUACAGUGAACAUUCAUCUGGGAACACAAAAGUCGGCAUUGACCUGGAGGAGGGUGCCUGCAAGGAUGUUUCAACCUUGAGCAUCUGGGACCUCUAUGUCACCAAAUUUUUUGCUCUUAAAUAUGCUGCUGAUGCUGUCUGCACUGUUCUACGAGUUGAUCAGAUAAUUAUGUCAAAACAAGCUGGUGGACCCAGGAGAGAUGCUGCUGCUGCUGCAGGCGCUGGAAUGGACGAGGACUGAGUGCUGAGUGCUGUGCAUCAAAAGCUUUAUUUUUUCUUUUCUUUUUUGAAGUGUUUAGUUUAUAAUUUUGUUAGUUCGUCUAACAACCGUUUCCUGGUUGCUUUAUAUGCCUAUUAUUCUCUUACUUUUGGUGGUUUGAAACACAAAUUUUUGUUGUGGUAAAUGGUAUUGUUGAAGGGUAUAGCCAUAAGAAAAGUAGUAGAAGAGAAAAAAACGCACUAGUUGACUAGUUGUAGAAGUUCCAAUACGGAGUAGUUUUAUAUCAAUUGCUUGUUUAUGGGGAAGAAA